AGCCAUUUUGGCUCAAGCACAUGCUUGAGGUGUGGCCACAGGGCUGCUCUUGCGGCCCCCCUGCGUCUGUCUUCUCUCGGUUCUUGGCCACUGCGAUCCUGUGCCACGGUCUCUGCCGCGCGCCUCGCGUGGGCGAUCAUGGAACUUGAGGCCGGGCGGCAAGCUUCCGCUCGUGUGUGCACACCUGCCAGGACAAGCUGGUCGUACAAGUCGAUCUGCUGCCGAUGUACCCCCCUGCGGUCCGCAACGGCCUGAUCGUCGGCAUGCUGCGCAGGAUUUUGGGAGACCUCGACAGUGCGAUUGUUGUCGACCAUGGCCACAGGGACUCCAGGGGUGUCUCGCACUUCAGUAUUGUUGCGGUACCCCUUCCUGCUCAUGCUGCUGUGGAUGUUCCUCCCCAUGCUCCUGAUGGUGGUGAUGACCUUCCUGGAGUUGCCGAUCCUGCUGUUUGGGUUUUCGCUGCUCUCGAUCGUCGGGGUCAUCCAGGGGCUGAUCCUAGUGGCGGAAACGGUCCUCGCGGAGUCCUUCCUGCAGCUGCUAUUCACGGUGAUGGUGCUCCUGAUGAAGGUUCCGGGGCUGAUUGCCAGGUUGAAGAAGAUGCUGGUGUUCGAGAUGAUGUUCGUGCUAUCGAUCUUCGUGCUCUCCCUUCUGACCGUGGUGCUGGUGACGACCUUCUUGGAGGUGCAGACGAUCGGGCUUGGUAUGAUCUUCGUGGAGGUGCUGGUGCCGUCCGUCGAGGAGACGACUCUCAUCGUGCUGCUGCCGACUGUCGUGCUAGUGACGACGAUGGUGCGGAUGGUGUUCAUCGUACUAGGGCCAACUCUCGUGGACCAGAUUUCUGUGCCGGAGCCGAACUUCGUGGAGCUGCUGCCGAUCGUGAUCUUGCUGAAGUUCGCGCUUAUGCCGUACUUCGGGAAGGUUCUGGUGCCGACCUCCCUGGUGACGGCGGUCAACGUGCUACUGCUGAACAUCGUGAUGAUGAUGCCCUUCUUCGAGGUGCUGACGAUCGUGUGGGGUCCGAUCUUCGUGGAGGUGCUGGAUUCGACCGUAGUGGAGACGAGGUUCAUCGUGCUGCUGUUGACCUUCGUGCUGGUGGCGACUUCCGUGGAGACGGUGCUGACACUGCGGAGGCCCUCGGUGGUGGUACUGUUUCUGACGACGCCGUUCGGCAUCAUGUAUGUGUUGAGGCCGUUCUUUCUUCCGUAGGCGUUGCCACUCUGACCUCGCCGCCGCCUCACGAACAAGCCCGUGGCGACGACAGGGAGAACCAUGUUGAUAUGGCUGAGCAGGCUUCUUCCUCCCUCGCUGCUUCUCUUGAGAUUUCAGCUUUUCCGUCGAUGGAAGAGCCUGCUUCCGCGACUACGCCCGAGGAUGCAGUGGGCCAGCCUUCUUCUCUGCAUGUCGAGGUUCGGAACGCGAUAUUCCGCAAUAUUGUGGAGUUGCGAGCCCAACUAGCAAGGAUCGACUCCCAGAGACGCGAGCUGUUUUCUUUUCUAGCCAAGCCUGGAGGAGGUGAGGACCUUCGCGGACAGUCUCGAACUGCUUUGGGC